GCUGUGGCUAAAGUUAGACGAGGAGACCCGGGGCUAUAUAAGCCCCCUGGAGGCGGGGGACCAACGCGGCUUCACCCUCUCCUCACUUUCUUCAUCGUUCCAAACCUCCGCUCUCAGCGUCUCGAGAUGCCACCCAAGAAACCCAAGAGGAGGCAGGCAGCCGGAGACAGCGGCUCCUCCAACGUCUUCUCCAUGUUUGAGCAGAGUCAGAUUCAGGAGUACAAGGAGGCCUUCACAAUCAUCGACCAGAACAGAGACGGCAUCAUUAGCAAAGAUGAUUUGAGGGACGUUCUGGCCUCUCUGGGUGAGUUUUUGAAUGAUCUAAUUUCCUUCACAGGCGCUGACCCCGAGGACGUCAUUCUUAGCGCCUUCAAGGUCCUGGACCCCGAGGGUAAAGGAUCCAUCAAGAAGCAGUUCCUCGAGGAGCUCCUGACCACUCAGUGCGACAGGUUCUCCAAGGAGGAGAUCAAGAACAUGUGGGCCGCCUUCCCCCCUGACGUCGCGGGCAACGUGGAUUACAAGAACAUCUGCUACGUCAUCACACACGGAGAGGAGAAGGAGGAGUAAGAAGACAGGAAGAAAGACGACAAAUCCCUUCGCUUUAUCCUGCCUUUCCCCUCUCUCCUUCUUCCCUGCCUCCCUCCCUCCAUCCAUCCUACCCUCCGUGUGUACCCGUGGGGUCACGCCCCUGCCCUAUCCCCCUUUCUCUCAUCCAAAGCAGAGACUUGUGGGGGCUCACGGGAUGUCUGUGUCGGCUUAUGGGGGUACAGGAGAUGAUUUUCAAUAAAACAUGACAUCAUCUUUUACAUACGCCACCCAUCUUCUUUCCACGCGUCCUCUCGAGACCACCUGGGGGAGGGGGGUCCUCAUUCCCAUUCCGAAGAGGUCCUCUGGGGCUGGAAGGGAUGAAACACAGAAGGGGGAUGAGGGACGUCGCCGAAAGAAAACAUUAAUGUCUUCGGCGACGUUUCCUCCUCUGCCUUGACAUCGGCGUGGUCGUCAGCCUCCUCUUCCUCCGUAAACUGGUCCACAACGUCCCGACUCAUCCUUGCCUAUCCUCUGUACUGAAUAAAAAAAGGGACAAACUGUGAAUAAAACCUCUUUCCUUUUGUACAA